GAGGCGGAGCAACACAGAAAAGUGUUUCGGUGUCAUACUUGAGGAAAUGAAAGUGACAGAACUUCACCGCUGAAGAAGAACAACGUCUGUUUGUAUCUGAAACAAGGUCGUUUCAUCAACUCCUUUACCUGUCUGACGUCACGAAGUCGCAUCCGCACAGAAAUGUCUGCCGCCAGCUGCAUGCUAUCUGAGGAGCAGUUUCUGUGCUCCAUCUGUCUGGAUGUGUUCACUGAUCCAGUCUCCAUACCAUGUGGACACAACUUCUGCAAGAGCUGCAUCACUCAUCACUGGGAUGUUAAUGACCAGUGUGAGUGUCCCAUGUGUAAAGAUGUGUUUGAAAAACGUCCUCAGCUUCGAGUCAACACGUUCAUAUCAGAGAUGGCUGCUCAGUUCAGACAGUCGGCUGUGAAGAAAAGCAGCAGAAUGUCUCUGAAGAAAAACACCAACUCUGGAGAAGUUCUGUGUGACGUCUGCACUGAAUCCAAACUGAAGGCUCUAAAGUCCUGCCUGGUGUGUCUGACCUCCUACUGUGAGACUCACCUGGAGAUUCAUCAGAACAUAACAGGUCCGACAAAGCAUGAGCUGGUCGAUCCUGUGGAGAACCUGCAGGACAGAAUGUGUAAAAGUCACAGCAGACCUCUGGAGAUGUUCUGCAAGACGGAUCAGAUGUGUGUGUGUCUCAGCUGCACUGAAUCAAAUCACAAGCUUCACUGUAUUGUUCCCUUGAUGGAGCAAUUUGAAAAGAAGAAGGCUGAGCUGAGUGAGAUGGAGACUGAAAUUCAGAAAAUGAUCAAGGAGAGACAUCUGAAGAUUCAGGAGAUGAAGGAUUCAGUGGAGCUCAGCAGGGCAGAUACUGACCGGGAGAAAUCAGACAGCGUGCAGGUCUUCACAGCUCUGAUCCGGUCUGUCGAGGAAGGCCUGGCUCAGCUUCUUGACUUACUUGAGGAGAAGCAGAAAACAACAGAGGAGAAGGCUGAAGGCUUCAUCAAAGAGCUGGAAGAUGAAAUCUCUGAGCUGAUGAAGAGAAACACUGAAGUGGAGCAGCUCUUAAGCACUGAAGACCACCUCCAGUUCCUCCAAAACCUCCCAUCCCUGAACCCUGAUCACCCACCCACUGAAGACUGGACGAAGGUCAGAGUUCACUCAUCGUAUGAGGGGAUGGUGAGGAGUGCUGUGGCUCAGCUGGAGGAGAAACUCAGUGAAGAGGUGAAGAAUCAGCUUGAGUCUGAGCUGAGGAGGAUCCAGCAGUAUGCAGUGGACGUCACUCUGGAUCCUGAUACUGCAUAUUCAUUUCUCAUUCUGUCUGAUGACGGGAAACAAGUAUAUUAUGGUAAAAGACAGAAUCGCCUACACAACCCAGAGAGAUUUUCUAUGAGUGGUUGUGUUUUAGGAAAGCAGAGUUUUUCUGCAGGAACGUUUUAUUUUGAGGUUCAGGUUAAAAAUAAAAGUAUAUGGGAAUUAGGAGUGGCCCGAGGAUCAAUUAACAGGAAGGAACAAAUCUCACCAGAACUAGAGACAGGCCCUUGGAUUCUGUUGUUGAGGAAUGGAAGUGAGUACACAGCUCUCACUGCGUACUCUCCCCUUCUCUCUCUGAAGUCGAAGCCUCAGAAGGUGGGCGUGUUUGUGGAUUACGAGGAGGGUGUGGUCUCUUUCUAUGAUGUAGAUGCAGCAGCUCUCAUCUACUCCUUCACCGGCUGUAACUUCACUGAGAAACUGUACCCAUACUUUCGUCCCUGCAAAUAUAACUCAGGGAACAACUAUGCCCCUCUGAUCAUCACUCCUGUGAGCCAAACACAGUAAAUAAAUCAUUAAAUGAUCUCAGUGUGAGAUAAGCUUUGUGUUGGUGGUGAAGCAGAGAGCACCAUUAAAACAUCUGCCCAUAGAUGAUGUAUUGAUUUGAGAUCUAGUGAAUCCAACUAAAUUAUGGAAUGUGUCAGGGCUACGUGAUUGUGACGGCCCUAUGACCUUUUAGGUUGUGCCUUCUCUUCUCUUGUAUUGCAGGUACAUGUAAUUGGUCGUCCCCUGCUGCUCACUUACAAAACAGCCACAAAAACGGUUCCUCCUUACCUAAACUCUAUAAUCCAGGUCUACACUCCCUCCAGCCCACUACACUCUGCUAAUGAAAGGCGUCUGAUCUAACCUUCACAACAGGGUCCUAAGUCUGUAGCUAGAUACUUCUUCUCUGUCGCCCCCCGGUGGUGGAACAAACUACCAAACUCCAUUCGCUCUGCAGAGUCCCUUUGCAUCUUUAAGAAAAAGCUAAAGACCCAGCUCUUUAUGAAAACAUACAACAUUUAUGAUGAUGAUGAUAUUUAGGAUUGUUUUGAUGCUCAUUAGAACUCUCAAGAACAGCUGUCAAUGUUGUGCUCUGACUCUGGUCACUUCCUGUCAGCACCUGUGCUCUGUCUCUGGUCACUUCCUGUCAGCACCUGUGCUCUGUCUCUGGUCACUUCCUGUCAGCACCUGUGCUCUGUCUCUGGUCACUUCCUGUCAGCACCUGUGCUCUGUCUCUGGUCACUUCCUGUGGGCACCUGUGCCCUGCCUCUGGUCACUUCCUGUCAGCACCAGUGUGUGCCAGUGAUGACAAUAACUAAUCAGUACUGUUUAUUUUUAUUUUUUUUAACCAGGCUGUAAACAUGUUAAUCUGUGCUGUGAAAACAGGCUCUUUUGAAUGGGUGUGUAUGUGACUUCCUGUGCUUCUGCAGCCAGCCUCUAGUGGACACUUGAGGAACUGCAGGAUUUUACACUUCAGCGUUGGCCUCAUUUUUACACCCUGGAGGUUGCUGCUUUGUUCACACCUUAUUUUGUUUGGCCUAGUUCUUCUAAUUUGGUUUGUAUGGUUUUUCUUUGUUGGAUAAAAUAAAAAUCCACCUUUUCUUUAAAAUGA